AUGUCCCUUCCAAAAGACUUUAUUUGGGGCUUUGGCACUGCUAGCUACCAGAUUGAAGGCGCUAUUAGCAGUGAUGGCAGGCUUCCUUCAAUUUGGGAUACGUUUUGCAAUAUUCCUGGUAAGAUAGCAGACGCAUCUUCUGGAGCCGUCGCCUGUGAUUCCUAUAACCGCACAACCGACGACAUUGCUUUGCUCAAGCAGUAUGGAGCUAAGGCUUAUCGAUUCUCCAUCUCGUCUCGCGUAGUCCCUCUUGGUGGCCGGAACGACCCUCUUAACGAGGCAGGUCUCCGUCAUUAUGUCAACUUUGUGGAUGCUCUCUUAGAGGCCGGAAUUCAGCCCAUGGUUACGCUCUACCAGUGGGACCUUCCCGAAGCCCUUCAGCAGCGAUACGGCGGUCUACUGGACAAAGAUGAAUUUGUGGCAGACUUUGCACAAUAUGCUCAGACUUUGUUCAGGGCCCUGCCAAAAGUCAAAAUCUGGAUGACAUUCACGGAGCCAUGGAUCAUAUCAGUUUUUAGAUAUAAUCGCGGAGUUUUCGCUCCCAGCAGGUGCAGCGACAGGCUAGUUGCUAGCAUCUCUGCAAGUGCAAUCAGAUUAAUGCUGCUGGUUGCCCCGAGUGGCGACAGCAGUCUCGAGUGCUGGAUCGUUGGCCACAACAUACUGCUGGCACAUGCUACCGCUGUCAAAAUCUACCGAGAAGAGUUUCAAUCAAUGGAUGGGGGCGAUUGGGCUUAUCCGUUCGACACCGACGACGAGAACGAUCGUGCCGCAUGUCACCGUUUCAUCGACUUCUUCCUUGGUUGGUUCGCAGAUCCGAUCUACCGUGGAUGUUACCCCGCUACUAUGAAGCACCAGUUAGGCAAUCGACUUCCGACUUGGCAACCGGAAGAGAUCAAACUUGUCAAGAGGAGCAAUGACUUCUUUGCCCUUGACUACUACUCGUCGACAUUUGUGAAGCACAAGGAUGUGCCACCUUCCCUGGAUGACUAUAUGGGAAACGUUGAAGUCACUUGGCAUAACAUCAGAGGCGAGGAAGUUGGUCCUGAAUCUGGUUUGUACUACAUGCGUCCGAACGCGGAGGGCUUGCGUCAUUUACUCAACUGGAUCGCCGACCGAUACGGACCCAAGAUCUACAUUGUCGAGAACGGCACCAGCAUCAAGGGUGAGAAUGCCAUGCCCAUGAGCAAGGCACUCGACGAUUCAUUCAGAUGCGACUUCUAUCGCAAUCACAUCAACGCCAUUAUCAAAGCCCGGGUGGAAGACAAGAGCCUUUUAGAUAACUUCGAGUGGGCGGAUAGCUACAAGACACGCUUCAGCGUCACCUAG